CUCUCUCUCUAGCUCACUUUCCUAUAUAUUUUUAAAUUGUCCGUUGUGCACUUCUCUAUCUAACUGAAGAAUUUUUUUGGCAAGAUGUGGAAUUCCCUAACUCCUACAUUUGGAAGGGAAGUUGGUCACAUUCCCAGCCUGUGUAAACAUCAGUGAUUAAUGCAAUGGAAAAGAGCGUUAGGGGUUAGGGGUAAUAUCUCUCCAGCUCUUCCUCUUUGUUCCACCUCUUUCACAUCUACAGACCCACACAUUUCCACUACUGCUCUGAUCAGCAAAUGGAUCUAUAUGCAAAUUGACUGCUGAUAAAAUCUCAAAGAUAGUGAGAGAUUUAGGGUGCUUGGAGCACUGUUGAAAACUUCUCCCAUACAGAUAUCAGACACAACUACAAAUAACACAGGGGAUUUUACUUGGAACACCAUGUUUGGACAAAGUGUCACCCUGCAACCUGUUCCUAUUCAGAGCCUCUCUGAGCUGGAGCGAGCAAGGCUUCAGGAGGUGGCUUUCUACCAUCUGCAAAGGAAAAAUCUGGGCUGUCAGAUUACCAUCCCCAAAGAUGGGCCAAAAAGGAAGAAAUCAUUUCGGCGAAGGAAAGAGCCUUUUUCUAAAGAAAGAAAAGAUAAAGAAUUGUAUCCCCUGGGAUUUGGAAUUCCUCUACCACAAGUCAUCCUCAAUGACUGUGCACAAAAAAAGAAGCACGAUGAGGUGAAGGAAGGCCGGAGGGACUGUCUGGAACUGGAGGCAUCAGUUCUGCGAUUCCGGGCCAAGAAACAACACAAACAUCUGGAUGAUAGUCAUGUAUUUUUGCAGUCUGAACCAGUAAAAGAACCCCUCUCACCAACUUUUUUGGAUAACCUAUCUCGAGUUCACAGACGGGGCGCUGUGUCUGUUGAUUCUAUCACCGAUCUAGAUGACAAUCAGUCACGAUUGUUGGAAGCCCUACAGCUUUCUCUGCCAGUGGAACUGGAAAAGAAAAAGUUAACAAAGACCAAAAAGAAGCUCAGUCUGAACCCCAUCUAUCGACAAGUCCCCAGAAUAGUGCAGCAAUGCUGCCGUCAUAUCGAAUGCUAUGGUCUUCAGACAGUUGGUAUUUUUCGAGUUGGAAGUUCUAAAAAAAGAGUUCGACAGCUGCGAGAUGAUUUUGAUCAAGGACUGGAAGUGGUUUUGGAUGAAGAACAUAGUGUCCAUGAUAUAGCAGCAUUACUCAAAGAGUUCCUGAGAGACAUGCCAGACCCACUUCUUCCCAGAGAACUCUAUACAGCCUUCAUCAAAACAAUGUCAAUGAACCACAUUAAGCAGCUCUCCAUCCUCCAGCUGCUGAUCUACCUGUUGCCACCGUGUAACUGUGACACUCUGCUCCGAUUGCUUGAGUUGCUGUCAAGGGUUGCCAGCUGUGCCCAUGACUCAGUCAGUGAAGAUGGACAAGAGGUGACUGGAAACAAAAUGACAUCCCCCAAUUUGGCCACCAUCUUUGGUCCAAACCUUCUGCACAGAGAGAAUGUUUCUGACAAAGACUACAGUAUGCAGGCAGUUGAAGUUGAGGAAAGUUCAGCCGUCAUUGGGGUGGUCCAAGUAAUGAUUGAUAAUUACAGAAGUCUGUUCCUAGUUUCUCCAGAGCUUCAGAAUGAAGUGCUAAUGAGUUUAAUGCAGACGGAUAAGGAUGUUGUUCAUUAUCUUCUACGCAGGAAGCUGAAGUGCCAAUCGGAUUUAGAUCAAGGAAAUGAAGCAUUUGUGAUGGCAGAACAUCCCUGUGCAAAAUCUGCAUGUGGCCUCUGCUCCCAGAGCAGCAAUACCACACCAAUGAAUAUCUCACCCAGCUUCUGCGAAAGUCUCUCUCUGCAGGAUCAGAGGAAGAAGUGUUCGGAUUCUGAGUUGUAUAAAGUACCAGGAGCAUUGGCAUUCAUUAGACAUGCACAUCCCGAUGAUGGAAAGGUCUUCCCUCCCCGAUUACUAAAAAAUCUCUGUGAAGAGUCCGGUGAGAGAAGAUUCUUCAGUCAGCGAAGAGCAUCCCGUUCAUAUGAAAACCUGACAACAUCAGCUCAUUCACAACCAGUGGCAGCAUCUGUGAAGAAAGCAGAGAGCACAGCAUUAAUAUCGACAAGCAAACCUCCACACGUAUCAUCAGUUCCCGACUUCCAGCUUGAGCACCACAACAAUCACAAGCUUUCAAGUCUGAACUGCAUGCGAUUAUUUGUGAGCAGCACUGAGGAGCUGAUGAGCUCAAAAGGUGCAGCUAAACUAAGAAGAGUACGUUCAGAUCUUUCUGCAAAAUAUAAAAGUCACAUGAUACAACCAUAUGCUGCUAAGGUGGACUGGGACUCCAAGAGCUUCAGUAAAGCAGCCAGUUCACGUGACAAUGAAUAUUUGAGGAACAAGCAAAUGAUUGAAUCUAGCUUCAUUCCCCAGGUAUCUGAAAGGUGUGCAGCACUGCCAAAUGAAGAAUGUCGAGGGGAAAUAGAAACUAAAGUGUGGGUGAAAAGGGACACUGGGGAUGAAUCGCCAAGCAGAGCUCAGAGAAACCAACAGCUGCAGCACGGUAACUUCAGCAGCGAUCAGAAAAAAGAUUCCCUUCGUGAAACUGCUGUAUAGUUUUAGAAAAGACUAUUUCCUAGAUCAGUUGAAAAGGAGCAACUACAGAGAAUGCUGGAAAUAUUCAGCAUGUCAGGCAGCAAAUGGGGAGAGAAUGAUGAAAAUUUCAGGCCCAUGACACUUUCUUACAAUAGGAUGUUACUUCAACAUAUGUAGGAGCAAUUCUAAAUUUGUUAUAUCAUGUUAAUUGUUAAUAUAUAUUAUUCAUUCUGUAAACUGCAGUACUGUGUUAACUGAGCUCCAUUUGACCUAUUAUAUUUACUUCUAAUGAAUUCAUUCAUCACAAACCCUCCUGAUGGAUAUUUAAAUGAUAUUUGCUGUUCCAAUGGCAGUUGCCUCUCUGUGCAGAAACCUAACUUCACCAGAGCUUUAAUUUUGUAUCUUACGUGCAUUAUCACUUUAUUUAAAGAAAGUGCAAAUCAUUUUCAGUGCAUCAUGUGUCACAGCUUUGAAUUGCAGACAUUUAAAGUAAUGCCCAGGAUGUUUGGGAUUGGAGGAAAGUGAACAUCUAUAUUAAUGAAAGGCAGCCCAGCUGUUUCCACUGCUGCUACAAUCUGUUUCAUCAUGGCCUCCAAUUCAUUUACUUAUUUUAGUCUCACAAGGAAAAUUUUUCAAGAACUUUUCAACUCAUUGAGGGUAAACAAGGAAAACUGAAGUAUUUGCAUGACUUUGAACUAUUAUAUUGAAUUCAAAAACUUCUUUAGUGUUUGUAAAUAACACAGUGCCUUGUGUGCACUGACUAGUUCAGUGGCGUGGACUGGGAACAUUCUGUUACUCAAGGCCUGAGACUUGAGAACAAGAGAUUAGAAGUAGAAGUGGAAGUCUUAGAUUUGAAAGUGCCAGGGAUUUGAAAACGAGUGGAGGCCCAAGACAGGGAGCAAAGUCUAGUUGUAAGGGAGCAAGUAUUCAUAGACCUGGUUACAGUUUGUUGGAUGUGAAGUUGUAGGAAAGUAAGCAUUUGAUUGGUAGAUAUAUCUUAGAAACAUAGAAACAUAGAAAAUAGGUGCAGGAGUAGGCCAUUCGGCCCUUCGAGCCUGCACCGCCAUUUAUUAUGAUCAUGGCUGAUCAUCCAACUCAGAACCCAGCCUUCCCUCCAUACCCCCUGACCCCUGUAGCCACAAGGGCCAUAUCUAACUUCCUUUUAAACAUAGCUAAUGAACUGGCCUCAACAGUUUGCUGUGGCAGAGAAUUCCACAGAUUCACCACUCUCUGUGUGAAGAAGUUUUUCCUAACCUCGGUCCUAAAAGGCUUCCCCUCUAUCCUCAAACUGUGACCCCUCGUUCUAGACCUCCCCAACAUCGGGAACAAUCUUCCCGCAUCUAGCCUGUCCAAUCCCUUUAGGAUCUUAUACGUUUCAAUCAGAUCCCCCCUCAAUCUUCUAAAUUCCAACGAGUACAAGCCCAGUUCAUCCAGUCUUUCUUCAUAUGAAAGACCUGCCAUCCCAGGAAUCAAUCUGAUAUCUUCCCACUCUCUUCUGUAUGGUCAAGAGAUUUAAAUCAGUGAACAUUAGUACAACUAGAGAAUACAUGUUUAGUUAGUUUGAAUUAAAUUUAUUUACAUUUAUCAAAUUAAUUAAAUAGAACAGAUGGAUGACAGGCAAUAUAUUGAAGUUGCGACAUAUGCGACUUAGUGGACUCCAGUGCUUCAUAGUAGCCAUAUCUGCAGUAUAUGAUAGCUGCUCAAGGAACUUUGGAUCAAAGUUGUAGUCGAAGCUUCAGACACAGUGAUGCAUCAGGAAGGAGGAUAGUUACCUGGAUGUGGUGUUCUGAAAGGCAGCAUACCCCUUAGAUUCAUACUCUCAUACUUAAUCAGAGGUCAGGGUCAGGAUGAUUUGACUAUUUAUUAUUUAUGGUGCAACUGUAAUGAAAACCAAUUUCCCCCAGGAUCAAUAAAGUAUGACUAUGACUACAAGAGAGGAAUGUAGAAGAAUCUCAGUGGAGGUUCAUCCCUUAUCCUUAACACAAAAUAAUCUGCAGAUGCUGGGGUCAAAGCAACACUCACAACACGCUGGAGGAACUCAGCAGGUCGGGCAG